UAGAUUCUGUUGCUUUCCAGUUGAAUUAGAGCAGAUGCUACUGGCGGGUGGAUGUAGUCUGGUGUCGGAGGAGAGUGGAACAGUGGACUGGCCCUGGACCGGGAUUGGAGGGACCCAAGAGCACUUUCCCCCCUUGGCAGGGCGAGACGGCAGUGGAUCUGGAGGAUGGGCUCACCAUGUGUUCCUGCAUGCCGCAGCAGAGCUCUUCCCUGACUGCCAGCCUGAUCUUACAUUCAAGGCUCUCAGGAACCAAGACUUACAGGAGGUUACCCUUGAGAAAGAUGGAAAGGUUCUGUUAAGGUUUGCAAUUGCCAACGGCUUCAGAAACAUUCAGAACUUGGUGCAAAAGUUGAAAAGAGGGAAGUGCCCGUAUGAUUACGUUGAAGUGAUGGCCUGUCCCUCAGGUUGUCUCAACGGAGGAGCGCAGGUGAGGCCUAAAGACGGCAUGUCAACACGUGAAUGGACAGGUCGACUGGAGUCCAUGUAUCGUUCUCUGCCCUCGCACAGACCUGAGGAAAACCCCCUGAUUGACCUUAUGUACAAGAACUGGCUGCAAGGCUGCCACUCUGACAAAAGCAAGGCAAUGCUGCACACAUCCUACCAUGCACUGGAGAAGUCUUCUAACGCACUUAAUAUUAAGUGGUGAUUGUUAAUUAUAGUUUGCUGUAUAUUGUAUUGUUUAUAAAAAUGUUAUUUUAUUA